GCAGAGGGUCCUGAUCGUGAAGAAAGGCCUCGCCGUGCUUCAGGUGUGCUCUUCCGACAACCCAAGAUAUCAAAGGCUUUUUUACAGCUGCUACCGACUGAAAUUCUCCGGUAGACUUUUCCGCAGACGGUCGGGUGUACACAUUUUAGCAGCGUUACAACCUUCUUGAAUACACGGUUGUUUUUUGCUACCUGGAAGCUUUCGCGCUAAAUUAGCAUAGCUCACGUUUCGUGCUAACCCGUUGUUCGUGUUAGCCAUGUCUGGUAUUGUCCGUGGACCUCAAGGCAGCAAUGACUGUCGGAUUUAUGUGGGGAAUCUUCCUCCGGACAUACGCUCUAAGGACGUGGAAGAUCUGUUUUACAAGUACGGAGUCAUUCGCGAUAUUGACUUGAAAAACCGAAGAGGAGGACCACCGUUUGCCUUCGUUCAGUUCGAGGACCCGAGAGACGCAGACGAUGCAGUUUACGCUCGUGACGGUUAUGAUUAUGACGGAUACCGGCUGCGGGUGGAGUUUCCUCGAAGUGGCCGCGGUGGUGGACCAUCAUCAGGGCCCCCCAGGGGCAGGUUUGGGCCCCCGUCCCGCCGCUCUGAGUACAGAGUUGUGGUGUCAGGGCUUCCUCCAAGUGGAAGCUGGCAGGACCUUAAGGAUCACAUGAGAGAGGCAGGUGAUGUAUGUUAUGCUGAUGUUUAUCGUGAUGGCACUGGAGUGGUGGAGUUUGUACGCAAAGAAGACAUGACCUAUGCUGUCCGCAAGCUGGAUAACACCAAAUUUCGCUCUCAUGAGGGUGAGACCACAUACAUUCGUGUGAAGAGUGAUGGUCCUGGCAGCCCCAGUUAUGGCCGCUCCCCUUCGCGCAGUCGCAGCAGGAGCCGCAGUCGCAGCCGAAGUAGGAGUGCUUCCAGGAGUUACUCCCCUCGACGUGGCAGAGGGUCUCCCAACUACUCCCCCCGCCGCUCCCGUUCACGCUCUCGCACCUGAACCCUGCCCCAGAACAAACCAGUAGCGUGAGCUCAAGAAGGCGGCUUCAUACAUAAACAAAUUCUGCAGUUCUCACAGACCAUGUGAUUGUGUAUUUUCCGCUAACACUCUUCUUUGUCCCUUUUGUCAAAUUUUGUUGCAUCCUACUUUUUAUUUUUUUUACCCUUCUAUUCUGAAGAUUCUGCUAACCCAUCUAUUCCUUUUCUAAUCUUUCCCAUAUUUCUACUUUGUUGUUGUAUGGAUAGUUUUAUACAGUGCAUACUAUUGUACUUUGACCUUCUUGUGUCUCUCUGUACAGUCCAGAGGAACAGGAUAGGAUGGGAGAGGAUACAGUUCAAGUUAGGAUUAACAGGAGGAGGAGGAGGAGUCAAAAAUGGCACCAAUGGUAUGAUGGCUGUGCCUUGUCAACUGUGAACUCUGCAUUAUAGGGCUUUUGAGUUAUUUUCUCUUUACCAAUACUUUUUUAUCGAAAGUUCUUUUUGUCCAAGUUAACUUGGCAGACAUUUAAACUUAAAUAGUAAUUAGUUUCUUGAAGCUUGAUUACAUAUGAUUUUGAAUGAUUUUUGAAGGUGUGAUUCUAACUUGCCUCCUUCUCUUUGAUUUUACUGGUAUCUGAAGGUUUGGACUGGGCUCUUUGCCUGACCAUUUCGGAGCUGGAUUAGGAUUAGGAUUCAGGAUGGAUGCAUGGAGCAGGCGCACGGGAACAGUUUACCCGGGAAGGGAUCCCGACCCCUGGCCCUGUCUGCAUAUCCGCUUCAAACUGGAGAUAAAAUAGAAAAAACAUCAAUUGGCUUUUUAACAAACUGUAAUUUUCAAUUGGAACCAGAGACAUGAUCACAUGCAAUGGUGAGGAUUUAUUUUUCCAAAUUUUUGUUCUUCAUUAAAAGAAGAGGAAAGCUUGGAUCAAACCAGGAGGGCUGGGAAGUGCAUUAUGGAUCAACACGCAUAAGGAGUGGUAAUUUGUCGGUAAUUUACAAUAGUGAAGGGGGAGGGGGGAGUGGGACCUCCGGAUGGUUCUAUCGCUUUCUUAGGCCAGUCUUUUUCUGAAGUUUUAGUUAUAACUUUGAGUAUGCCAUAGCUUUAUUCUCUUUUUAAAUAAACAAUUGUAAUAAAAA